UAUGGAGAGCGUGACUGCCUUACUGGGCGGGAGUUCCAAACGUUUUAAGGACAUGUUGAGCCAAGGGAAGACCAACAAGAAAGUCAUGCUGUACCUCGCCAUCCUGCUUGUUGUCAUCUUCAUCAUCGUUUAUUUCACCCUGACACAUGUCAGACAAGGCUGAAAUAAAGACCCCCACACACCUGCCUGAGCUCCCCCUAUCUACCAAUUGAAGUACUGCAGACAGCUGGAACCCCCAUUUCCAUCAUGCCCUGGAGAAAAGUCCUUUAUGAGGAUCAGGGCUACCCUGACAACUAUGUGGACUCCUCAUUCCUGGAGCAAAUGCAGAAAAACUUGAACACGAGAUCGUACGACUAUUGGAACACUGUGUACGAAUCCGGCGCGGUGACGGACCAUAUCAGCGCCACCUGCCUGUUCGUGGUGACGUUUGUGUACCUCGAGGCCGGCGUACUGUCUCCCAAACUGCUAAUACUACUCACAGUUGCAUCUUGUUUCCUGGGGUAUAUAGCAUAUGCAGCCUGUGCUGUACAUCUGGGUGAGACAGUACAGAAGAGCCACCUAUGGAUUGUGAUACGAAGUGCAGUCGUCUUCCUGCUGUUCACCUUCAGCCUGUCUCCCAUACUGUACACCCUGACUGAGUCUGUCAGCACAGACACCAUCUAUGCCAUGACUGUGUUUAUGUUCCUAGGGAAUAUCUUAGUUUUUGACUAUGGCACGACAGCAGCGAUCGUUUCCGAGUCGAUGUCCUUCAACCUGGCCAUGUUUGGGUCCAUGUGUUUGGCGUCUCGACUGACGACCGUUCUACACACGUUCUCCAUAGUGUCUUUCGCUGUGGAAGUCUUCGCCCUGUGGCCAGAGCUGCGGAGAAAAGUCCAAGCGACCCACCGUGGGUGUAAGAUGGGUGUGUCGUGUGGGUCGGUACUGGCGUCAGUGUAUGCGCUGUGGACGGUCUCUACCGUGGCUGCGGUGUUGCUGGGGUCGGUGCAUUUCGUGGUGACUUUUCUCUGCCCCCGCUGGCUUAUUCAGCUCCAGCCCUACAAGAAUAACAUCCAAGGACCAUGGGACGAAGUCAAUAUUGUGGAUAAAAUGGAAGUAAGAAAAAUGUUAUAGUUGUGGAAAACUUCAUUGUCAGAAGGAGAAAAUUAGUCUCCAAGCAGACGAUACAGUGCCUUAAAGAUAGUAUCAAAAGCUGGCAAAGUAGUAAAGCCGGCCAAAGGGAGUCAAACGGGUUGCUAUACUCAUUUGCCAGCUUUGAUACUAUCUCUAAGGCACCGUAGGGUCUGCUUGGAGACUAGGAGAAAAUAUCUCCCCAUUUCUUUCUAUACAGGGUAUAAGGAGAGAAAUAUUAACAAGAGAAAGGGAUAGAUCAGCUUGUACAUUGGGCCCAGAAAUAAGAGGUUUGUGUUUGAAGCAAAAGUUAAGUCUAAGAAUAGAAUUAUUUUAUUCCCUUAUAUGCUGCAGAGUACAUUGUAUUAUAUGAUAGCAAUUUAGUGAUGAAAAUCUAGAAUGAUACAACUCUCUUUACAAGACUUUGUAGAUAAAAGGAAGCCUUGUAUGUAUGUGUAGAGGAGAAUUAAGUGAUGCUGGUUCUGUGGCAUGCUAUUAUAUGAUGCAGUCAUGCAGACCCUGGUGAAAUAAUGAUGUAAUAAACUCAAAACAAAAAGUUGGAAACCUGCAUUCAUUGAUCAUAUCUUCGUUAAGCCACACUGAUUUGAAUAUGUGGAUGACACCAGCACAUUCA